AUGCAGGUAGCAGUGACUGCGCCCAAGGCUUUUGCAGGUGUCACCAUGGUGAAUAUUCCCAAGACCCGCAACACCUACUGCCGAAAGUGCCGGAAGCACACCGGCCACAAGGUGUCCCAGUACAAGACCGGCAAGGCGUCUCUGAGCGCGCAGGGAAAGAGACGGUACGACAAGAAGCAGGCUGGUUUCGGUGGGCAGACGAAGCCUGUCUUCCACAAGAAGGCCAAGACUACCAAGAAGAUUGUGCUGAAGUUCGAGUGCACCAAGUGCAAGGCGAAGCGCAUGAAGCCCAUCAAGCGCACCAAGCACUUUGAGCUCGGCACAGACUCAAAGAAAGGCAAGAACGAGUACGGCAGCAAGUACCGCUGAGCGGACAUUGGCCUGGCGCAGCUACGGAGAAACGUGUUUGGCC